CGUGGAUUUGCCGUGGGUGACGGCAUAUUCGGUCUAGUGCAGAAGGGUCGAGAACAUGUCGUCGAUUCGAGUGCGCGCGACCAACAAGUUGCUGACGAAGCUCGGGGCCACGAAGCCAAGUAAGAAUGUGCAAUUCGAGCAAGCCUUUGCCGGGUUUGAGCACAUGCAAUCGGGGAUUGUGAACCUCGACAACGCCCUCAAGGGGUACUUGGCGUCGCUUCGAGGGUUCCACGCCGCGUCGAACGUCCUGAACCAAGCCAUUGAAGACGUGUCCAACUUCAAAUGCACUGACAUUCCAUCCGAGUCGCCCGAAGUCAAGCAGUUCAUUGACGUGUUCAAAGCGUGUUCGAUCAACAUUGACGUCACCCAAGUCACCGAACUGGCCAAGACGUUUGAGACUCGGGUUCAAGCACCCGCUCAGGGGUGGACGCAUCAAGUGGACUUGCUGAACAAGGAGUGCAGUGAGUUUACUGAGACCCACAUCACGUUCGACCACUACAACAAGAAGGUGCUGGCGCUGCGAGAAGCGCACAACAAGCGCGCGGGCGCGGGAAAGCACGAAAAGGGCAAAGAAGUCGACAAACUCGUGCGGAACGAACAGAAACUGGUGGCGAUCACAAAGGAAUACAACCACGCUGCGGAAACCACGAUUCAGCACUUGCGCGAUUUCUUGACGCAUCGCGACUCGACGUUGUUGCCCCUCGUCCAACGGGUCAUUGAGUUCCGCACGAAUUAUAGCGCUGCGAUCUUCGAAGCCACCAAGAAAAUGGAGCCGCUCUUGUCCAUCACGAGCUACGACGAGCACUUGGCGGCUUUGGAAUCGUUUGCGGUGAAUGGGCACGCGGCGUCGGGGGACAAGCCAGCUCCACGAGGCAGCGGCACGCACAUUGCCGCGUCCGACAAUAUACAAGUCAACACACUGAGCUUCAGCGACUUUGUCGGGUCGUCCGAGUCGACGAGUCCAGCCAAGUCACCGCCAGCACCUGCCACAAUGGAUGAGCCCUGGGGAAAUUUCACGGAUUCGCCUCCGAAAUCUUCCUUUGGCUCCAACAAGUCGAGCAGUAAUGGCGGAUUCGCUGGGUCGUUCCCAGUGCCAACAUCUUUUGGAUCCAACAAAUCGAGCCAUGGCGACUUUGGGUCGAUGCCACCACCGCAAGCUCGUACCAGCAACAGUCAUAUUGUGAACACCAACUGCAGCAAUCGCAUCGUCAACGUGCUCGACUUUGCCAGUUCCCCUCUGGACACAUCUUCCUCGAACAAUCCGUUUGAGGACAAUGGGGGGUUCAUGGAGUUUAGCAUGGGAGACUUGCCCGGAUAUGCCACGGCGUCCACGCAUCAGGUCGACUCCCCUCCUUCGCCAGGGGGAUUCAACCCGUUUGCUCCCGCCCCUCCUGCCCCAGCAUUCCAAUCAAUGCCUCUCAACGCUGCACAACAUGCAUCAGCCUCCAAGGCAGGAGCUGCUUCAUUUGACUCGUUUGAUUUACCUGGUGCUCAGUAGGAUAAAUACUGUUGUCAUACCUUAAUGCAUGGAUUUGACCCAAAACACCGUUUCAGAACGC